AUGAUUUCAAUGCAUAAUAUAGAAGACACAACGUCACUUAAUCGGAUAUCUAGUGAUGAGGAUGAAUAUUUAGAAAGCCCAUUAAACAAUUAGAAAGUUCAAGAAAUUGAAUAACAAUGUCUUUAAUAAUGUGAUGAUGAAGUACCAAUGGGUGAAAUUCCUAUAGAAAUAUGUUUCAAUAGACAUAUUGAUUAGAGAAUAAAUGAUACUUCAGUAUUACAAAAUCAUGCAGAUGAAAUCACAUAAAAGAUGAUGAAAAAUGUUAAGUGUGCUUUUUAAAGAGAAAUUAUAAAGGAACUAGUAUCUAAAUCAAAGAAAAGAUUUAAAGUGGAUGGUUUUAAUUUGGAUUUAACUUGUAAAUAAAUAAUAACUUAUCCAGAUAUUACAGAUAAUCUAAUUGCAAUGGGUUUUCCUGCAGAGAAUUUUGAAGCUAUUUAUCGAAAUCCCAUGUCAGAAGUAUAAAAAUUCUUAAAUACACGUCAUCCAAAUAAUUAUAUGGUCAUAAAUUUGUAAAUUUAGAUUGCUACCUAGAUGUUCAGAAAGAAAGUAUAAGCAUGAAUCAUUCUUUAAAGUGGCUGAAUUUCCUUUUGAUGAUCAUUAAGCACCUCCUUUUAAUUUGAUAGUAGAAUUCUGUACCACAGUACAUGAUUGGUUGAUAUCUAAUCCAAAUCAUGUUAUUGCAGUUCAUUGUAAGGCUGGUAAAGGUAGAACAGGAGUGAUGAUUUGUUGUUAUUUAUUAUAUAGUGGUAAGUAUACUUCAAGUCAAGAUGCUUUAACAUAUUAUGGUUUAGUUAGAACAUUGAAUUAGAAAGGCGUUACUAUUCCAAGUUAGAUUAGAUAUGUACAUUAUUUUAGUUUUGCUUUAAAAAAUGAUUUAAUAAAGAGACCAUUUCAGAAGGUGGAAUUACUUUCAGUUCGUUUGGUUGGUUCAAUUCAUGGAACAUUGAUUAGAUUGUAGAAUAAUGGGAAAUAAUUAAUAGAAAAAGCAUAAAUUAUAUCAGAUAAGGAAAUCUAUUUUACAUUUGAUGGCAUAUAUCUUUAAGGAGAUGUUCUUUUAUAAAUAUUCUAAAAAUCAAUAGUUUCAGAAUCCAAAAUCUUACAAAUUUGGUUCAAUACAAACUUUGUCUCUUUAUCACCAAAUGAAUAAAUAUUUAAAGCGUCUGAAAUAGACAUAAUGAAAAAAUCAAAAAAAAAACAUUCAUAAAAUAUGCAAUUAGAGUUAUACUUUGAUAAAACUAUAGAAAUCAGGCAAAGAUCAAAUUGUUUAUCUAAAGGUAUAUGA